AUGGGUUUCAUGGAUUAUUUCAAGUUUCUCCCUGUGGAGAUAACAUUGGACAUUUUGACUCGUCUACAGGCAGAGACAGUCUUGGAUUCCAAAUCAGUCUGCAAAACCUGGAGAGAUCUUAUUUCUUAUCACCCAUCAUUCUCCAAGAUGCACCUAGAUCAUCAUCUUAAUCAUGCUGAUUCUGAUUCUGGUAAGCUGAGUUUUGUUGCUUUGUCUGAUAAUGAGAUUGGGUGUUCAAAAUUUUAUUUCUUCGAAUAUAACGAGAAUCAUGAUCAGUCAACAACACAACCCAUUGAAAGGAUUAGAAGAAUUAAUUUGAACACUCCAUUUAAGCCCUUCCGGAAUGUUUUUUCAUGUAAUGGUUUGAUCUGUCUUGAUCGCCAUCCAUUUUUAGGAGCACAACCUCAUUGUAUUUGUAACCCUAUCACCAAAGAAUACAUUGUGCUUCCAGAAAUUAAGACAGGUUAUUGUGAUCCUCCUUGGAGUGUUGAAUUCACUAGUGGAUUCGGUUACGUUUCUUCGACAAAUGAGUACAAAGUUGUAGGAAUCUAUAGGUCGGAGCCCAGGCAUAUGGAAGUCUACAUAUACACUCUAGGCAGUGGGAAUGGCUGGAGAAAUGUUGGAAAGUUCAGUUCUCAGUUCAGCUGUACAAUUCAUUGGGAUCAAGGUGCCUUUGUCAAUGGUGUUAUAUAUUGGAUGUGCAAUGAAUUAGAAAUUAUCUUAGUCUUCAAUUUGGCUGAGGAAAAGUUCAGUGAAGCUCUUUCACCGCCUCCUUUGCCACCAGACAGUAUUUGGCAGAAUAAUAGAAUAGGGGUUUUGAAUGGGUUUUUAUUUUACGCUAUUCAUCUAGUUGUUGAAGGAGCCGAAUGUUUUGACAUAUGGUUAUUGAAAAAGAAGGAUGGUAAACAUGGAACCAAAGAGCGAGACCAACAUCAGUCAUUGGUUUGGAAUAAAGAGUUCAGGGUAGACGAUGUCGAAUUGUUUGGGGUUACCAAGAGUAACGGUGUUUUAAUUUACACUAAUAACUAUCUAAACAUUUACGACACAAAAGCUUCAACCUCGAAAAGGAUUGUGGAUUUUAAAGAACGGUUUUGCGCAGUUAUCCCUCACAAGAACACCUUAGUUUCGUUGACAGAAUUGGGAGAAAAGGAUGUGAAAAUAAUGGAAUGCUUUAAAAUUGAGGAAACAGAAAGCCAUGAUUAG